GGAGCGGUGAUCCGCCCUACCCCAACCAGUUUCGCCCAGGUGCGUGGGGGAGGGGGUGGCGGUUUAACAGCGCCCAGUUGGCCCGGGAGGAGGAGCUGCCACCGCCCCCUGCGCGUCUCAGGUGUAACCGGAGCCGGGAAGGGCGCGGCGCAGCCACCAUCACCUGCGGAACCUGUCGGGCGGCUCACAUCGGUUCGCCGCCGCGCAAGCAAAGCUUCGUCUCCGUCCGAGCCUCGGAAGACUUUCAUCCGGCUUCUCCGCGCCCCGCCGCCAGCCCGAGUCAUGACGCUGCUCAGAGGGGCUGCGCUCCUGCUGCUACUCUGCACUGUUUGUUCCGUGGAGAGCUCGUGCGUCUGUGAAAAGAACAAGCGUGUCACCAACUGCAGGGAGGCCAGCGGCGUGUGCUGGUGCGACUCGAUCGGCACUGGGUUGUCUGUGAACUGCGGCACUUUGACCUCAAAAUGCCUGUUGAUGAAAGCAGAAAUGGCACACACAAAAUCAGGUCGUCGUGAGAAACCAAAAGAUGCGUUUGAAGAUACAGAUGGCCUUUACGAUCCCGAGUGUGAAAAUAAUGGUGUUUUCAAGGCAAAGCAGUGCAACGGAACCACCUGUUGGUGUGUGAAUACAGCUGGUGUUAGAAGGACUGACAAACAUGAUGCAGACCUGAAGUGCAACCAGUUAGUCAGAACAAUGUGGAUCAUCAUUGAAAUGAAACACGCUGAGAGGAACUCUCCUCUGAGCACUGAAUCUUUAGACAAGUUCUUCAGGGAUAUCAUUACCAAACGUUAUCUGCUGAAUGGACGCUAUGUCACUAAUGUUCUGUAUGAAAAACCAUACAUUACUAUUGAUUUGAAGCAAAAUUCCUCAGAGAAAUCUUCAGGAGAUGUGGAUAUAGCUGAUGUGGCCUACUACUUUGAAAAAGAUGUAAAAGGUGACUCCCUCUUCCAAAAUAACAAUCUAAACUUGAGUAUUGAUAAUGAGGCACUGCUCUUUGAGAAGACGGUGGUCUACUAUGUUGACGAAAUAGCACCAGAGUUUUCCAUGAAGUCUCUGACUCCUGGCCUCAUUGCUGUCAUUGUAGUAGUAGUAGUAGCAAUAGUUGCUGCUAUUGUUGUUCUGGUCUUAACAAGGAGGAGGAAAGGGAAGUACGUGAAAGCAGAGGUAAAGGAAAUGAAUGAAAUGCAUAGAGGACUGAAUGCUUAACUAAAUCAGCUGAAGACAGAGUAAGAUUUCAACAAGAAGACAACAGAAACUAUUUGAAGCAUGGAUGUUUAGGAAGAGUCCUCCUAACAGCCAAAACUGGUAACUGUGCUACUACUUAAACUAUAUGUUGAGAGUUAAAUCUUAAGCACCCCAUCUUACUCAAGUCAAACUUUUUAACUAUUGCUCCCCAAAUUUUUUUUUUUUUGUUGUUUUGGGUUUUUUUAUGAUGAUGAAGUGAGUUAACAACUGCUGUUACUAGGGUUAUGGAGCAUAGAGGCUCAAAUGGCUAUUUUACUUUUGUGGGAGGUUUAUUAAAGUAAUGAUUUUUGUAGCUGUGUAACAAGGCUGUCUCCUGUAUAACUGAACUGUUUUUAUGGUUGUCUGUAUAUAGUUGAAGUUGCUGUAACUUUUUUAUGACUUGAAUUAAUAAAACUUCAAAACAGGCUUCUAAUUCUUCCAUGUUGAAAUGAUGAUCCAUUAAGUUACUGGGCCUAAUGCUUCUUUAAAGCAAGAAACCUCAACAUAGGUGAAAAUACUUUAGAACUCUUUAAUUUUAGACAAAGUUUGGUUUAGGCAUCUAAUCUCAAUAGCAAGAUACUUGUGAAAAGUAUGCUUUAUUCUAUCUUCCGCUCUAUGUGCAGCAGAAGUAAAUGAUAAAAGAUGGAUUGUUUGUAUAAAAAAAUAAACAUGCUGUGAAUGUAGCAA